CUUGACAUUUAGCCGCCAUUUUGUUAUGAGAAAAGACAAAGAAUACAGAAUUUUGAAGACUGCUGAGGCGAAUAUUUGUGGGCGAUAGAUUGCACUUUUUUAGGACAAAUCAUUCCCAGAACGAGUUGCAAACAUGCCUAACUUGAGAUGGAUGAUGUUGUACAAGACGAAAAUACAGGAAUUACCUGAUGAAAUAUCUAAAAAAACUUGAGCAUUUGUCUGUGAGGAAGAACCAGUUGGACAGCCUUUAUAAUAGAGAUUUAACAGCUUUGAGCAAUCUUAAAGUGAUUAAUGCUGGGAAGAAUCAACUAAAAAAUUCUGGUAUUCCCAAUGGCGUGUUCAGCUUGGAAGAACUACUGACUGUGAUUUCAGUCAUAACCAGUUAUAAGAGGCACCUGAAGAACUGGAAAAUGCACACUCUCUCUGUGUUUUAUCACUGGCCAAUAACAGUUAUUCAUCAACUGCACAGAUUUAAUGUAUUUGGAUCUCAGUGACAACCAACUUGAUUCUCUACCACCUCAACUACGAAGAUUGGUGAACCUCCAAGUCUUGGUAAGUGGCUCUAUUUUACUUUGAAAGAAAUCCUAAACCUGUUUGUUUUGUACCUGUAAUCAACAAUACUCAUUUCAAAUAAAGGCAAAAGAAAAUCUUACAUCCUGCAUAAAGAAUAAAAUGAAUCACAUGUGAGACUCACCAUCUCUAAAAAGAAGAUUUUAUCCAAAUGAUGGAGACAAUGGAUGAUACGUAUGAACCAAAAACUAGCAAAAUGCUUUUCAUUAUUUUUUUAAAUAAACUAAUGUCUGAGUUUUCAAGCUCAAAAAGUUACCCACGGUAUGUUCUAACGACGCGUGGGACCUUAAUUCUUGUGUUUUUAAAGGCCUCCUUUACUGUUUUUGAAGCGUUUUCACGUUUUCCCAAUUUUAUAUUUACAACUGACUUAUAGAACGUAAAGUCUGGUAGAAUGUUUGAAAGAGUUGGAAAAAAUUGAAGUAUAAGCCCGAUAUUGACUGGUACCUGGAGAUAUCUGUGAGAGCAAUAUGUUUCUUUUUGUGACAAAGUACAUUGACUGAUUGACAUCACCUUCAAGUGCGUCGACUUGAAAGAAUACGUUAAUUUAGAAAAGUUUCCUAAAGCGGAGUUGUACAUUUGGUCACGAGUUUAUCGGUAUCUCUAAGUGGUUUACAUUGCAUUAAAAAGGACAAAGUACAUUGACUGAUUGACAUCAGCAAGUCUUCAAGUGCGUCGACUUGAAAGAAAACGUUAAUUUAGAAAAGUUCCCUAAAGCGGAGUUGUACAUUUAGUCACGAGUUUAUCGGUAUCUCUAAUUGGUUUACAUUACACUAAAAAGAUUGGUUGAUAUCUUAUCUUGAAAAUGAGCAUCCAAGAAUCUGUAGAUGGUCGGUCAAGUUAUUUGGAAGAUAACAUCAUUGAAUUGGAAAAAAUGUUGAAAGAAGAAAGGAACGUGUCAGAAGAAAAGGAUAAUAUGUUGAAACGGAAAAACAAAAGAUUAGAAGAAAAAGAAAGAGCCUUGGAAGAGAAAAAGAAACAAUUGGAAGAAAAAAGGAAACAAUUGGAUGAAAACAGGAAAAAAUUGGAUGAAAACAGAAAACAAUUGGAUGAAAACAGGAAGCAAUUGGAUGAAAAUAAGAAACAAUUGGAUGGAAGAGAGAAACGAGUGGUUGAAAAAGAGGAACGAAUGAAUGAAAGAGAGAAACGAUCGGAUGAAAGGGAAAAACGAAUGGAUGAAAGGGAAAAACGAAUAGAUGAAAGAGAGAAGCGAUUUGAUGAAAGAGAGAAACGAUUUGAUGAAAGAGUGAAACGAUUUAAUGAAAGAGAGGAACAAUUUGAUAAAAGAGAAAAACGAAUGGAUGAAAAAGAGAAACGAAUAGAUGAAAAAAAGAAACAAAUUGAUGAAAAAGACAAACGAAUGGAUUAUAGAGAGAAACAAAUGGAUGAAAAAGAGAAACAAUCCGAUGAAAAAGUAAAACGAUUGAAUGAAGAGGUUAAGCAACUAAACAAAAAACUAAAUGAAUCGAAAGGAAAGGAUAAGACAAAAGGCAACAUUCUGGAAAAGCCAAACAAUGUAUUCAAAGGAAAAGAAAAUGGAUUAGAAGAAAAGGACAGCAGGUUGGAAGAACAGAACCACGGACUGGAAGCAAAAGAGAACAGCUUUGAAGAAAAAACAAAAAUUUUGAAAGAAAGGGAUAAAACAUUGAAAAAAAAAGAGAAAUUGAAAAUGAGCACUCAAGAAUCUAAUGAUGGUCAGUCAAAAUACUUGGAAGAUAGGGUUGUUGAAUUGGAGAUAAUAGUGGAAGAACAAAAGAACUUGUUGGUAGAAAAGGAGAAUAGAUUGGAAGAAAAAGACAAACGUUUGGAAGGAAAAAACAAACAAGUUGAAGAAAAAAACAAACAAUUGGAAGAAAAAGACAAACAAUUGGAAGAAAAAGACCAAAAAUUGGAAGAAAAAGACAAACAAUUAGAAGAAAAAGACAAGCGACUAAAAGAAAAGGAUGAUUUUAUCAUAAAAUUAUUGCGCGAACUGUGCGAUACGCGAAAAGUCAUGAAAUACAGGGCUUGCAAUUCUGACUGUGUGACAGCUUGCCUGGUGUGGAUUUAUGAUGAAGUCGAAGGCUUCGUUCCGUGCAGUUUUCAUCUACUGGAAAAUAUCAGAGCAAAACACAAGAAAAUUUCCAGCAACAGUGCGCAUGCUCCGCGCACUGAUCUAUUAAAAUGGCUUUAUGAGCUAAAAAUAGUCCAUUUGUGUAAAGCUUUUAACUAUUCUAAAAAUAGUGUUGAUGAUGUUUGGAACACGAUUAUGAACAUAAAGUUUGAUGAGGACAAGAAAAAUUACAUGCUACUAUUGGGAAGGAUUUUCGAAGUUUAUCCUGCACUAGAAGGUCAUUGUGUAGCAUCCAAUUUAAAGACCAAGUCUGGUGGCAAAAUUCAGAUAUGUGAUCCUCAAAAAAGUUCUGUUCCAAGAACAAUGGAUCUUGAACAAUUUAAACACUAUGUUGAAAACGACAAAGGAAUUUUCUUGGGUCUUAUUGAUUUUGAAAAAUUGCUUGAGAUUGAAGAUAAAGAAGGAUGUAGCGAAACUAGCAAUUUUACGUUGGACCUUUCUAAACUAUUGCGAGAUGCUCAUAUAAAAGAAAUGUGAAUUUGUUUCCAGGAUUUAGAUGGAUUGUAAAACGUUUAUAUGCUUUUGAUAUUCGAAUUGUGUAGUCUGAUAUUGUAUGGAAUGCCUCAACCAAUGCAAAAGCAGCACUUAAUUACGAUUAAUAAUUUAAGAUUUUAAUAAUUCAUUAAUUGAUAUUGAACGAGCUUGUUGUGUAUAAGAACAUUCAUAGUCAAUAAUUGAUGAAUUCUCAUUGAUGAAAAUAGUUUACCUAACCUGUACUACAUUGGACAACAACAAGAACAUCAGCUUAUACUAGUAGAAAUGGAAAACAUUUAUUUUCAUUAUUGUAACAGAUUAUAAAUUUACGUCUGUAACGCGCACCUGUAUUUAUUAAUAAAAAUGGUUCUCAAAAUGA